AUGUGCUACACACCAACAGCCAAACAAGAUACAGAUGAUCUUAGAAGACUAUUUGACAAUGUCAGUAAGCUUGUUAGAAAUUAUUCAGACCAACGCCAAGAGCAAAAUGGUGAUAUUGCUUGCUUGGUCGCCGGCCAUCUCGUUAAAGAGAACAUGGCUGAUUUUACCAUCAAAACGAGUGAGGUGUCCUCUACUGCUAGCAAGGGAAAACCCAACGAUUUACAAAACUUGAUGGCCAAGUAUGCGGAAGCCUGGAAGGCGCUCAAGAAAAACAAUCCUGACAAGGUCAACCAACUAAAGUGGAAAGCCGUAGAAAAGACCAAGGCUAGGGAUGCAGAGCCCAUUACUACCGGAGGAAGACUCGAAGUCUACCAUAAUGAUUUGAAUACCAUCACUAACAGCCUCGUAGCGAUGCGAGACAAAUACAAUUUUCAUGCCGUCUUAUAUCAUUAUACAGAAACUGAUAACGACUUUAUGUAUCCCAAAAUUGCCUCUGACAAUGUGGAUUCCGUGCAUAAAGUAUUAGGACAUCCACUGGAUUUAGGUUUGCUAAAGACGUUUAUGAAAACAACGUCUGAGGCCUCAUCCGUCCCAUCAAGUCCCACUGCUGGAAGUCCUGUCCAGGAAGAUUCGGCCUUAGGCGUUCACGCUGAUAGAGCUGAACGUCUGCCUGGUUUGCCUGCCUCUCAGAUGGAGCCACUUCUUUCGAAUUUGCUUCCCAACGGUAAUGCUCCUGCUCGUUCUGCUCUUGCAUCUACGUCUGCUACUGUUUUUGAUAAUGACAAGGAAUCACUGUUGAAAGCGGAGUGCCUCAAGGGUAUUCGUGAGAUGGCUACGCAAAUGACCUGUACGUGUAUUUGUUCUUAA